AUGGGUAGCAGUCACACAAAAGAAACAGAGAGCGAGUUCAAAAAAUCACUACAUGCUACCAAUAGAUUGAUAAGCCAAUUAAAUGAGCAUAAAGUAAAAAUUCAUGAAACCAUAAUUCAUCAUUCCAAAACACCGGUACAAAUUCCAGAUAAAAAUCGGCUUAAAGAUGAGUUUCUAGGUAAAAUCAAAGAAAUUGAAGCAAAAAUUGCAUUAGAAAUGGAUGAGCUGUGUAUUAUAAGUGAAAGCAGCAGUGAUACAUUCAGUAUCCAAGAGUCGAUUUUGGCUCCAAGCGAUGUUUUUAUUGAAACUCGUGAAGAGUUUUCUAUGAAAAGAAGCAUACCUGAGACACCUAGCUCUAGCCGUUUGCCUUUGGGAAGUAUUCGAAGUAUUGUGGAUGACCCAGAUAUUAAAGCUAUAAUUGAAGAAAAACGAAAAAUAUUAGAAGGAAAGUCGAGCAGAAAAAGCAAUUAUGAGAGCCAAGAGUUCAAAGAAACUACAGUAAGUGAAGACAAAAAUCGGCUGAUACAAUUAUAA